ACAACAAAAGCCUUGGCGGAAAAGGGUGGAAUUGCCAACCUUCGACGGAGAGGAACCUCUUAGUUGGCUCAACAGGGCGGAAAGAUUCUUUGACAUUCAGAAGGUGAUGAGCAAUGAGGACAAAGUGGAAAUCGCGUACGUGAGUAUGGAGGGAAGCGUGGCGUAUUAGUUUACGUUCUGGAAAGAAAAGGCAAGAAAUCGCUCGGGGGACAGUUUGAAGGCGGCGAUGAUCAACCGUUUCGGUGGGGGAUUUAGAGGGACGGUGUUCGAGAGGUUGACGUUGUUGCGAUAGGAGGGCACGGUAGAAGAAUUCGUUCGCAACUUUGAGGUAUUGACGCGACAGACGAGGGGUAUACCCGAGGAGCAAGUACUCAGUUAUUUCCUCGCAGGAUUGCGAGAGGACGUGAAGGGCCAGGUGAGAAUCCAGAACCCGCAGAAUUUGAUGGAGGUGAUGCGUGUCGCUCGGGAUGGGGAGGAUGCGAUGGUGAGAGCGCAAGGGAGUUUCGUCAGUGGGUUCAAGAUAAACCCAGUAGGAGUACGAUCGCCGGGCAGCGUGAUACGCACGGAGCCGAGUCGACAACCAACGAACCAGAGUGGGAGAACGGAGAACGUGUGGUAUGCGGAACCGAGUCGACCUCCGACUAACCAGUAUAGAAGAACGGAAAGUGUGGGUUCAGUGAGAGGGGAUGGAGUCACUACGAACACGAAUGCGUGCGCGGGCAAUGCGACUGGGGGCAAUAAUCGGGGGAGGAUGAUGAGAAAUCUGCCAUACCCAGAAUUUCUCAAAAGAAAAGAAGGUCGUUAUUUCCGGUGCAGGGUCCGUUUGCUCCUGGCCACCGCUGCACCGAGAGAAGCCUGCGUGUGCUGCUGCUAGCGGAAGACGAGGAGGGAGACAUUGGAGAAGUAGUAGACCGAGAGAAGAAGCCCAUGGAGUUGUCAGUCUGCUCUGCCGAAGGGUUGACAUUGCCCAGAACUCUGAAGCUGACAGGGAAGAUCGGAGAACGACACGUGGUCGUACUCAUAAAUAGUGGCGCAAGCCACAACUACAUCAAUCAGAGGAUGACGGAGGAGUUGAAACUUCCCAUAAUCGACACACCACCGUAUCCGGUGAGUCUAGGUGAUGGGCAUCGGAGGAUGACCCAAGGGCGUUGCGAGAAGGUUAGAAUCAAUUUUGAAGAAGCUACCUUGGAGGAAGAAUUUUAUGCGUUCGAUUUGGGUAAGGUCGACGCCAUAUUCGGUGUUGCAUGGCUAGGCAAGUUGGGAGAAGUAUUGAUUAAUUGGGGAGAGAUGACCAUGGUGUAUUACCUAAAGGGUAAAAGGAUUCGGAUAAGUGGUCACCAAGCUGUAUCCCGACAGCUGGUUGAGCCAAAAUUAACAAAUGUUGAGUCAUGGACAAUUGUGGGGGAAUGGGACCAAGUGGAGAAGCAAGUGGAAGAUGAGUGGCAAGCUGAGUUGAUGGGGGAGCAGAGAGCAGAGCUGCAAGUGGGGUUGCGGCGCACUACCAUGUCUUCCAAGAAAAACAAGGAUUACUUCCACUUAGGGACAUGCAACACCGCAUUCCACUCAAAGAUGCUGCAAUGUUAUAUACUGGCCAGCUAUACACAACAACUCGUGUUUCUUCCUUUGUUCUCACAUACUAUAGUCUCUGUCUAAUAAAUGGAAAUUACACAAUCAAGCUUCACUUUGCAGAGAUUAUUUUCAUCAAUGAAAGGUCCCUUAAUAGUCUCGGAAAGAGGGUAUUUGGCGUCUAUAUCCAGGGGAAUUUAGUGCUGGAAGACUUUGAUAUCCAAGGAGAAGCGGGUGGUACUGGCAAGCCAAUUGUAAAGACAUUUAAUGCUACUGUCAUGCAACCUACUUUGGAGAUUCACUUCUACUGGGCUGGAAAAGGAACCCCUGGCAUUUCCACAAGAGGAGUUUAUGGACCACUAGUGUCUGCUAAUUUGGUAAGCCCUAAUAUUAAACCUCCAUCAAGGAAGGAUGACAACAGAACUGAUGUCAUACUGGCAAUUGGUAUAGUUGUUGGUGUUUUAGUUCUUCUUCUUCUAGGGCUGGUUUUUAUGAGAUGGAUAGGAUGGUUAGGAGGCAAAGAUCCAAUGUACAAAGAGCUUAGGGGUAUCAAUUUGCAGACAGGAUUAUUUACACUAAGACAAUUCAAAGCAGCAACCAAAAACUUUGAUGCAACAAACAAAACUGGCGAAGGUGGCUUUGGCUGUGUUUACAAAGGUCUACUGUCAAAUGGUACAAUAAUAGCAACAAAGCAUCUGUUUGCAAAAUUCAAACAAGGAAUUACCAAUAGAGUCGUAGGCGGAAGGGCCAACUUUUUGGCCAGUAAAGAUACUAGAAAGGAGGCAGAUGCAGCAGCGAGAAGAUAUAGUAGAUCAAGGCCUGGUCGAGUAGCAAGAGGAGGGAAAGACGACGCUACCUGGGAAGAUAGUUGGUUAUCUAGGAUCAAUACCUGAGUUCAACCUUGGGGACAAGGUUGUUGAAGAAGGGGGGUAAUGAUAGGAUGAUGAGAGUGUAUGUUAGGAGAAGGAAAAGUAAGUGAAGCAUUAGUCGUUAUUAGUUGGCCUAACUGUGAGACAGUUAGGAAGGGGGGGACUUAUUUCUGUAUAAAUAGAUGUGUGUAAGAGAAGAAUGCACUUUUGGACUGUUAAUAGUUUCUAAACAGGAUUGGUUAUCCUUGUUGGGGAAGGUUAAGCUUCCUUUGUACCUUCUAUUCUUGUAUUCUUUCUUAGAGUUCAAUAAAACCAGAGGUUAUCCAUACCUUUUGAUUUGCUUACGAGAGAUUGUUUGGGUGAGAGAUAAGGUUUCUUUAGCAGAAACCUAUCAGUAUACAUCCUCUAAUUCCAGUUGAUUUU